AUUAAAGGUGGACAUACUUGUAUUUUGAAAAUCGCUCCAAUGGCAGAUGACGAAGAAGAAGAAGUGGUUGUUGCGCCCAAAAUCGAACGCAAACGUGACAAGGAGAGCACAAUGGCGACUAGACGUGGGAGGCCAAUUAAGAUAAAUCCAAAGUAUGGUGCAGCUACAGAUGUCCCUGUGUCUGCUGUUCAGGAAAAUGCAGGAUCCAGUAUGCAGACUGCACAGCAAGUGUGCAGACAAAUCCCUGUGUCUGCUGUUCAGGAAAAUGCAAGAACAGAAGUUGCACCCACCAUACAAAUACAAUUCCAAAAUGCAAAGCAAACAAUAGAAGUUCAAAAACAGAAAAUCCUUCACCUGGAGGAUAAGGUUAACUCUCUGACAGAGGAGAGAAAUUAUCUUCGUGCAAGACUUGAAGAUGCUUUAAUUCAGAAGGGUCCCUCAGAAGGGGUACCUACACAGACUGCAACUACAAGAAAGAGCAGUACUUCUGAAUCUUCAAAUUUUUCAACUUCCGAGUCCUCUGAUUCUGAGCCCCCAAAACACAAAAAAAGAAAGGUUAAGGAGAAACACAGAGCGAAAAGACAUAAGAAAUCAAAGAAAUUGACUUCUGACUAUUCCAAAAGAGUGCAUACCCCAGAAGAAUCGCUGAAGAGGUACUACAAGGUAUUAAACCUUGUAAAACAGGGCCUGAGUAAGGCAGAGGCCUACAACAGACUAAACGUUGACAGGAACACAAUAGUCAUCCAGGCUCCAAUUGCAGAGUUAGCAGCAGCUAAUCCAGAAUCAUUCCGCAAGCUAAGGCAGAUGUUUAAAAAGGGAGAUAGCAUCCUGAAAUUUGCCGAAAGCUGUCUUUGUCUUUGUAAAGAAAAGGCCAAUGAGGAUGUGAUUAAACAAAUGAAAGAGGCAAAUGACCUGCUUGACAUAAAUAAAAAAUGAACGAUAAGCACACAUUAUAGUUGUUAGGGGGUUGUUCUUGUGUUAGGAAUUUGUUUAAAUCAUUUAAUCCUGACAA